UCAGCAACAACCUACUGUGGAAGAUAACAAACCAGAUUUCAGCGGAAGACGGAAUCAGGAAGAAGCGCUGAAAUUGGAUAAGACACACAUUGAGGAAAGCAGUCAACUACCUCACAAUGCAAGCCCUCGCUUGGAAUCCUGAAGGCCAAGGGAGGAGAGGAAGACCGAAGAACACAUUGCGCCAAGAAAAAGAAACAGAUAUGGGAAGAAUGAACAACAGCUGGAAAGGACUAGAAUGGAAGGCCCAGGACAGAGAGCCUUGCAUGAAUAAUCAAUAUAAUUAUCAAGCCGAUGAUCGAAUUCGUCAGCAACAGGCUAAAGUUCAGGAAGUUGUUGGUAUAAUGAAAGACAAUGUGAAUCUCGUAUUGGAAAGGGAAACUCGUUUAGCAGAAAUUGACACUCGAGCUGAUGAAUUACAAGUUCAAUCCAAACAGUUUCAGGCAGUUGCUGGUCGUGUACGAAGAAAAUACUUUUGGCAAAAUAUGAAGAUGUGGUUUGUUAUGGGAGGAUUAGCUGUUGUAAUUGUUGUGGUUAUUAUUGUUUGGUCCGUAUCUAACAAGCAUAGUUGA